AGAAGAGCAGAGGGUGUACUCAAGGGCCGCUGGCCAUGAACUCGAGAAGGAUACCCGGAAGGCGUGUAAGCGGCCAUGAGCUUGAGCAAAUCUAAAGAUGUAUCAUUUUGUAAUGUUUGCCUACACAGUAAAUCAUGAGCUUAAGCCAAAGAACGACUCAGAUAUAUAGUUCGUGUGUAGAUGCCGCGGCGUUUGGGGAGGGUAGUUGAUCCGCCAAUCAAGCUGCCGGAUAUGCGGCUUACCUGCGCGAACAAAGCAAUGCGGCCCGUCUUGCCUGACUCGGCGUGGCACUACCCCGAGCUUCUUUCUCCAUAACUGCGGGUGAGUUGGAGGCCGUCGGCAUUUGCUCCGCCUUCAACUUUCCUCUGUGCCAUUUCCUCUCUUAUUCUUUCCAGUUAUUUGUAUACAUGUGUUGCGCAUUCAUUGCUUUUUCCAGCCAUAGCGACGGUUUUCCACAUAGACUUGAUUGAGAGUAUUCGUACAAUGGCGAAGGUCUUUGAUUACGCCGAAGUUGCAAAGCACAAUACGGCAGAGAGCUGCUGGGUCGUCUUAUACGGCAAUGUCUACGACGUAACGCGCUUCCUACCUGAGCACCCUGGCGGAUCCAAAGUCAUCCUCCAGCUCGCAGGCAAGGACGCGACGGAAGAAUACGAUCCUAUCCACCCUCCAGGCAUCCUCGAAGAAAACCUCCAGGCUUCGGACAAGCUCGGCACAAUCAACCCAGACACACUACCGAAAGAAGAAAAGACACCACUGGAGACUGGCGAGGCGCAACAAGACGGACCUGUAGACCUGGAGAGUCUUUUGAAUAUCGACGAGAUUGAAGAGGUGGCGACGAAGAAGAUUCCGCACAAAGCAUGGGCAUAUUACUUCUCUGCAAGCGAUGACCUGCAGAGCAAGUCAUUCAACAACAAGGUGUACAGGAGUAUACUACUACGGCCACGGGUGUUUGUCGACUGCACACGCUGCGAUACCUCGACGACCUUUCUUGGCCAUAAUGUCAAAAUUCCUAUAUAUGUUUCUCCCGCUGCAAUGGCUCGACUCGCACAUCCAGAUGGUGAGUGGGGUAUAGCGCAGGCGUGCGAAAAGUACGGUGCCAUGCACCUGAUAUCGCAAAACGCAUCCAUGACACCUGAGCAAAUUGUUGCAGAUGCGAAGCCAGGCCAGGUGUUUGGAUGGCAGUUAUAUGUUCAAAACGAGCGGCAAAAGAGCGAGGCUAUGCUUACCCGUAUGAACAAGCUUGAUUGCAUCAAAUACAUCUGUCUCACACUCGACGCGCCUGUGCCAGGUAAACGCGAACAUGACGAGCGCAGCAAAAACGUUAGCUCCAACUUGCCUCUCCGUGCAGCCGUGCAGGAAUCUCAGAGUGUAAGCAAGACAUCGACUGAUGCAAAGACACCAACACAAGCAAGCGAGAACGAAAAACCCAAACCAAAGAGCAUGGGAGUUGGACAGAGUUUGUUCUGGGGCACAGCGGCGGACUUGACAUGGCGUUCUACACUACCCUGGCUCAAGAAGCACACGGACAAGCCCAUUGUACUAAAGGGCAUCCAAACACACGAAGAUGCCUACCUUGCUUCUCUCCACGCGCCACAUGUCAAGGCUAUCAUUCUUUCCAACCACGGUGGUAGAGCGCUGGACACGGCGCCACCUGCCGUACACACCUUGUUAGAGAUUCGAAAGUACUGUCCAGAAGUCUUUGACCGUAUCGAAGUCUGGGUCGACGGAGGCAUCAAGCGCGGAACAGAUGUCGUCAAAGCACUUUGCCUAGGCGCUAAGGGCGUGGGUCUUGGUCGGGCUGCGCUGUUUGGCCUCGGAGCAGGAGGCAAAGAAGGUGUAGAAAGGGUCCUUGAAAUUCUCAAGGCGGAAACAGAAACAUGUAUGCGCCUUCUUGGAGUGGAGAAGAUCGAACAACUCAGUAUGCAGCAUAUUAAUACGAGAGCUGUUGAGCGCGAUAUCUGGGAUGGUCCGAUGCUGGAGCGAGCAGAGGUUAAGGCUAAGCUGUAGAAGGGGAAAUAGUGAAACGGGAGUAGAAGCGUUGUGUAGUUGACCCAAAAGAUAAUGAUAUUUGCCGUUGAAAGUCGAGCCAUUGGGUCUGACCAAUU